AUGAACANUAGUGGGUCGGGCCGUCGGGCCUCGAGCAUGAACAAAUGCGGCGAAACUAACCCUGAGCUCGUGUACAACAGUCCUGCGCCGCUGCCUGCGUGGCCGGAGCCCAAGCCUUCGUGGCACCCAGGUGAGAGCAGCAGUUGGAGGCUUGCUUGAUCGCAUGCGCUCGGUUGCUGUGAUUCUUGUCAUGGGUACACGACAACGUGAUCAUGCGCCCGUUUGUUGUUCGCGUUGGUGCUACUAUACUAUCGCAUGUGCUCCUCGUCUAUCCCACACUCUAGCCGCUCUCCCGCUGUUGUGGAGAGCUCGCUGCAGGUUUCAGAGUUCGAUGUCCAGAGAAGUUCGUAGCCUCCACAUUCAAGUUCGUCCCAACUGAAAGAACUUCCUGUACCCUUCCUUUUCUCCCACGCGCUUACUUCUAGCAGCGGCUCGGUGGCAGCAGAUCGGUGCGUAGGGUAUGAGAACAAAGGGUUGUAUCAACUAGACUAACUUGAUAGAGAACCCAUUUGCAUGUGCGUACGUGCGCACUCGUAAAUACCUCGCUCCUUGCACGCACGACGCUGUCUCGACACAACGACCCGCGAUUUAUUGCUUUGAGAUGAAGAAGGUUGUGUACAACACGCGUUUGAAAAAGCACAAGUCUCCGUCGAUUCCACUCAACAGACUCAAGUCCCCCAACGUAUCUCACGCGUCAGCUGUGGUUGAACCCCAGCUUUGGCGGGGAUUUCGCGGCCAGGAGCACCUCGCUUUUGUGUUGUGUUUCGCGGACGCCCCUAGGCGAUAGACUACACUUUUUUUCACUUUUUAUUACAAUCGGCAUCUAUGGCGGACCCUCCAACGAGUAUUCUCCGCCUUUCCUCUUGCGAUGCGUGCCUUCGCUCGACGAACAUUCGAACCCACUGCUAGCUGCGUAGGGGCAUCCAUGCAGGAAUUUAGAGCCAGCAAAAAUAUUCACUUGUCAAGCAGUACAUUCGGGCACAUGAUUGGACGUCAGCUGCUGAGCAAAUAAUGUUCCGCGUUGUUGAGAGGGAGUCGUGGAAAUGAUCCGCCAGUGCCUGCUCUCAGCUUUUCAAUCCGCUUGAAAGUGGUUUCCAGCAUGUAAUCCCUGUUCCUGUUUCCCCCUCCUC